AUGAAGCAAUCCAAUCGCGAGCCAACGACCGGAGAGGAUAAGCACGCCAGGCGGGCGCACGCAACCCUUCCCAAUGGCCUCGCAAGGACCCCAGCAAACCUGUUAGAUUCGUUGCACGAUUUUUACGUGCGCACCUACCGGAAUCUCAUUCACGUGGUGCAGCCACACUCCGCCCGCGCCCCCAACACCCGCUGCCAGUUAACUCUUCACCAGGAACAGGAAUCAGGUAGAACUACGAUCCGGUCAAACUCGUCCGACGCGUGCUUCCAACACUUUUUAUUUAUUUGUCUGCAUCGUAAGAUACCGCUGGGCGUGACGUCAGACAACCUAAACUGGUUGGCGAAGGAACAGGGAUUUGCCUCGUAUCCUUCCGGUUCUGCGAGUGUUGCAGACCUGUUCUACAUUCAGGUUUGCAGCUUCAGGCUACCCGACCUUCGUGACGUACAAACAACACCUCAAACUCUUUGA